GACAUGGUUUAGUGAUGGUUUUUUAUCAGAGUUAGGUUGAUGGUUGGAGUAGAUGAUCUUAAAGGUCCCUUCCAACCUGGACAAUUCUAUGAGUCUAUCAAUCUCAGGAUUCUUUUUCAGCCACUACAUGAAGCUUCAGGAGCCACUACAGAAGCUUCGCUCUGCAGGUUCAGCCUGAACCACCGGCCUGACAAAAGCCACUGUGUCAGGAACUAGAAGACGCGGGGGGGGAAAGUGAUUCAGAGUGAAGAUGAGACAACCUUCCAAAAACCCUGGACCAAGCACUUCUGGAGAGUUUGUAAGAAAUAUCCCCACUUGUGGAGGGUAAAUCUGUGGAAGGUAUCACACCCCCCUCCACUUACGACAUUUCUCUGUCACUCACAGGAGGGAAAUACCAAAGUGCAAUUGCUGCAGAGGGCAAUCAGAUAAUGCUGGUUGCUAAUUGCCACUGCCGGGGAAGCCUCAUUAUGCUCCAGUCUGGGUGAAGCAAGUUUUAGUCGCUGAAGCUCCGCCACUAACAUGGCACCAACCUUUUCUCCCUCUUCCCCAAAAGGCUGUCAUUUCAGUCAGCGUCGUAUGCCAUGCUCAGUAUUUAUAUUUAUAUAAAAUUUAUGUAUAUAUAUCUAUAGCCAGGCAGCUGUAAGCAGCCUGAGUGAUGUAGCUGGGUGAGAUGCACCCGAGGGGCCACGCAAACAGUGGCUGUUUGCCAGAAGAUCAAUAUGUGGCCACCUAAAGAUGCCACAAGCCAUCUUGCUCGACAUCCCUGGGGCAGGACUGUGCUCCCUCCCCACUUUAUUCUCCGAAAUCCUCCCUGGACCAGCUGCGUCCCCCGGGGGGACCGGGAUGCUCUACGUGCUCAGCUCCCCUGGGACCAGAUGGGAUGGGCAGCAGAAGAAAAGCAGAGCUACCCUCUCAAGUGUGGUGACACCAAAGUGACGUCGGAAGGAGGAAGCGCCCCGGAGCCGGAGCAGCAGCGGCCGAUCCCGCGCUGCUGCUGGUGUAUCUUCACCCCCUUAUCUCCCAGCUUCACCCAUCUUGUGGGCUGGCUUCCUACUGGAGCAGAGGAGCUGGGGUCUUCUCCUGGGGCUCCAGAAGGGCUCUGGGAAUAGCUGCGUCCACGGUGCGGUGGGGGAGGAUUUCAUCCCACCCCAUGGAUUUAAUGCUCCGGCACGGCGUUGUCACCUCAAUUCUGGGGACUUCCCAGUGAAUUUGGUUCAGACCCAGAUGGCAGAGGCAUCGAUGGAUCCCUGUGUGGCUGCCACAAAGUACGCUCUCUGCACCAGCAUCUCGUGUUAAAUAAGAAAACUCCACAACCCCUGUGACAGCAUAAGUGUCCUUGGAAGCUCCUAAAGGUCAAAAAGCAGGUGGGAACAGAGAAGCAAAGAAACCUCGACAGACACUACUGUGUUUCUUCAGAGCUGGAGAUAUUUUUUGAAGCCCCCUGUGGCUCUGGUGUGUGAGUCCCUGAGAUGUCACUGAGAACCGAAAGCCAUGCAGCUACGUCGACGCUGAAGAAGAUCGCUGCAGACAUGAGCAACAUCAUCGAGAGCCUGGACACCAGGGAGCUCCACUUCGAGGGGGAGGAGGUCGACUCGGAGGUGCUAAAUGACCCAAAAGGUGCCGCGUGCAUUCCCUUCUCUGCCAUCUACCACACCUGUGGGUUCAAGGAGCCGGGCACGCAGACAUACCUCACGGGAUGUCCCAUCCGAGUGCGUGUGUUGGAAGUGGAACGCUUUACUUCCACGAAGAAGGUACCAAGCCCCAACGUUUACACCAUCGAGCUGACCCAUGGCGAGUUCACCUGGCAGGUGAAAAGGAAGUUCAAGCACUUCCAGGAGUUUCACAGGGAGCUGCUGAGGUACAAAGCCUUCGUGCGCAUCCCUAUCCCUACCAGGAGCCACACGGUGAGAAGACAAUCCAUCAAAAGGGGAGAGCCGAGGCAGAUGCCGAGUCUGCCGCACACGGCGGAGAGCACGGUGCGGGAAGAGCACUUCUCCAGCAGGAGGAAACAGCUGGAAGACUACUUGACAAAGAUCCUAAAAAUGCCGAUGUACAGGAACUACCAUGGAACAAUGGAGUUCAUUGGAGUGAGCCAGCUGUCGUUCAUCCAUGACCUGGGACCAAAGGGCAUAGAAGGGUUGAUCAUGAAGCGCUCCGGGGGCCACCGCAUACCCGGCCUGAACUGCUGCGGCCAAGGAAGGAUGUGCUACCGAUGGUCCAAAAGGUGGCUGGUGGUGAAGGACUCUUUCCUGCUGUACAUGAAGCCAGACUCAGGGGCCAUUGCCUUUGUCCUGCUGGUAGAUAAGGAAUUCAACAUCAAGAUUGGCCAGAAAGAAACAGAAACUAAAUACGGGUUGCAGAUCGACAAUCUCUCUAGGUCGCUGAUUUUGAAGUGUAACAGCUACAGACAUGCCCAGUGGUGGAGGCAGGGCAUCGACGAGUUCGUUCGGAAACACGGCAAGGACUUCCUCACGGAGCAUCGCUUCGGCUCCUAUGCAGCCGUGCAGGAGAACACCUUGGCCAAGUGGUAUGUAAACGCCAAGUCGUACUUUGAAGAUGUGGCAAAUGCCAUGGAAGCAGCUAAGGAAGAGAUUUUCAUCACGGAUUGGUGGCUGAGCCCAGAAAUCUUCAUGAAGCGACCGGUUGUGGAAGGAAAUCGCUGGCGGCUGGACUGUAUCCUCAAGCGGAAAGCACAACAAGGAGUGAGGAUUUUUGUUAUGCUGUACAAAGAGGUGGAGCUUGCCCUAGGGAUCAACAGCGAAUACAGCAAGCGGACGCUCAUGCACCUCCAUCCCAACAUUAAGGUGAUGAGACACCCAGACCACGUGUCCUCCUCUGUGUACCUCUGGGCCCACCACGAGAAGCUUGUCAUCGUUGACCAGUCGGUGGCAUUUGUGGGUGGCAUCGACUUGGCCUACGGCAGGUGGGACGAUGACGAGCAUCGCCUGACUGACGUGGGCAGCGUGAAACGAAUGACGGCCGUGAAGUCAGUGUCCACGACCAACCUGGCAUCUGCAGCAGAGUCGUCUGAACAUGUCCCCCUGCAGCUGCAAGCUCUGUCCCCAGAAAGCCACAUUUUCCAGAGAAAUGCGGACGAUGCGCCGGACGUAGCAAAAAUGAAAGGAGUUGGAAAAUCCAAAAAGUUUUCCAAGUUUAGUAUUUACAAGCAUCUCCAUAAACACAGCAUGCACCACGCCGACAGCGUCAGCAGCAUCGACAGUGAAUCAAGUUACUGUAACCCCACUAGAAGUCAACCGAAUAUAAUCCAGAGUUUAAAGCCCCAUCUGAAAAUGUUCCAUCACCACACUGAAUCCAAACCGGGGCUCGCUGAGCCUCAGGAGGAUAAAGGAUCCAUCCGCAGCUUGAAGACGGGUGUUGGGGAGCUGCUUGGGGAAACCAGGUUCUGGCACGGAAAAGACUAUUGCAACUUUGUCUUUAAAGACUGGGUUCAGCUUGACAAACCUUUUGCUGACUUCAUUGACAGAUACACCACCCCGAGGAUGCCCUGGCAUGACAUCUCCUCCGUGGUGCAUGGCAAAGCGGCACGUGAUGUGGCCCGACACUUCAUCCAGCGCUGGAACUUCACCAAGAUUAUGAAGCCCAAAUACCGGUCCCUGUCCUACCCGUUCCUGUUGCCAAAAUCUCAGCAAACUGCUAACGAGUUGAAGUAUCAGGUGCCCGAGGCUGUUCAUGCCACAGUCCAGGUGAUCCGUUCUGCUGCUGACUGGUCGGCCGGCAUUAAAUACCACGAGGAGUCCAUCCACAACGCCUACGUCAGCGUGAUCGAGAACAGCAAGCACUACCUCUACAUCGAAAACCAGUUUUUUAUUAGCUGUGCCGAUGACAAAGUUGUCUGGAACAAGGUCGGCGAUGCGAUUGCUCAGAGGAUUCUGAAAGCUCACAGGGAAAACAAGCGUUUCCGAGUAUACGUGGUGAUCCCGCUGCUGCCUGGGUUUGAAGGAGACAUUUCCACCGGUGGGGGCAACGCGCUGCAGGCCAUAAUGCACUUCAACUACAGGACCAUGUGCCGAGGAGAAAACUCCAUCCUGGGCCAGCUGAAGGCAGAAGUUGGAGAUAAGUGGAUAAACUACAUAUCGUUCUGUGGACUUCGAACACAUGCAGAGCUGGAAGGAAAACUAGUCACAGAGCUCAUCUAUGUGCACAGCAAACUGCUUAUUGCUGAUGACAACACAGUUAUAAUUGGCUCUGCCAACAUCAACGACCGCAGCAUGCUGGGCAAGCGGGACAGCGAGAUGGCCAUCAUCGUGCAGGACACCGAGACCGUCCCCUCCGUGAUGGACGGGGAGGAUUACAAUGCUGGCAAGUUUGCCCAGUCCCUCCGGCUGCGGUGCUUCAGGGUUGUCCUUGGCGGCUCCGAUCUCAAUCCGGAACACCAGGAUCCCGUCUGUGACAAAUUCUUCAAGGAGGUGUGGAUUUCUACAGCAGCUCGCAAUGCCACCAUCUUCGACAAGGUUUUUCGAUGCCUUCCCAGCGACCAGGUGAAUAAUUUAACCCAGCUGCGGGAUUUCAUCAACAAGCCCAAACUGGCAAAUGAUGAUCCUGUGAAAGCAGCAGAAGAACUGAAAAAGAUUCGUGGGUUUUUAGUACAAUUCCCCUUUCGUUUUCUGGAGGAAGAGUACUUGCUUCCCUCCGUCGGAACGAAGGAGUCCAUGGUACCCAUGGAGGUUUGGACUUAAGAAGAGGCAGACUGCUGGACAUUUUUAAAGUCUGGUUCUCUAGAGACAAGUUGAUGGGCGAUACAGGAUUUUGGAAAGCUUUUUAUUGCUAAGGGAAGCAAAACAAAAAAAAGAUCUCCACCAAGCUGACGUGCCUUUCGUAAGGAUUUUGGUGGAAGAACUUGAAGCAAAUCAACACUAGCAAAGGAGAGGAGCAGAAAGACUUGGAAAUUACAGCAAAUGAGAAGUUUAUCCUUUGAGGAGUUACUUCUUUAAGACCUGUUCUGAGCACAUAAAGGAUGCAGGCCACUUCCUAGGAUAGGAAACGCCAGUUGAUGUUACUGCUGUGCACCGUGGUUGCGUACGUACCCUGAUCAUGCUGUGGCUUCACAGGUGUCCCAGGCUGCAUGUGCUUUGAAGGCUUUCAGGUGGCUCUCCAGAGUCCCCUCAUCACUCCUUCGUACGCCGUCAGAGCACAUCACCUACCUUUGGAGCUGUGGGGAAAGGGCUGCUCGGUGCUGCCUCGGGCUGUCCUACCGUCACAGCUUCCCAAGCGAAGGUGUUUCGCUUCUCACAUGGGAAGCAAAGCAACAAUCUUGUAUCAGAAUCAGCGUUUUUCAGUCUCUUCUCCCCUCUGGGGGAAAAAAAACCCUUGUUUCUACCACAGCUGGAGCAAUCAGUGGUCCUCACGCCCAGCCUGGUGCUGCCUGGCUCUUGGCAAAGGGCAGCCUGGAUGGAGCUGGAGGUGCUGGAAACCACCAGGGCUUGCUGGCCUUUGCCAACACACAGAACAUCAGUUUGUUCCAGCUGUGUGUGAAGGCUUUUCUCCAGGAGAGGAUCAAGGUUUAAACUCAAGCCUUCGCUCUCCAGAGCUGAAGGAAAGCGAAGCUCUGCAUGUGAUGGGACAGAAACUCCAAAGCCAGCAUUGGGCUGAGCUUAGCUCUGUGCUCUGGGUCCUCCACUCAUGCAUUUCUGGUCCAGUAUGUAGGUAGAACUUCCAUUUCUAGUCCAGUACGUAGGUAGAACUUUCUCUCCAUCUCUUUCCUCCCUAUUUAAAGAAGGGAAAGGCCGUUGAGCUAGAGCAGAAGCCGUGCUCAAGCUGAGCUGGCAUGUCUCUCUGUAGGUGGGGUGAAUGCAAGGGGGAAGGGGAGCAGUUAGCAAAGCCUUGUCUCUGGUCUGCUUUGUUGUUAGACCAGCCACCAUCUUGAGCUCAGUCACGCAGGACAUGUCUUCCCCAGCACAGGUGAAACUCAGUGUGCCCAGUCCCACUUUCCAUUUCUGUAAGACAAUUUCCAAAGCUAUCGUGCAUCUCACUCUGCAGCAAAGCAGCAGUUUGAUUCAGCAUCCCUGGGAAAAACACUACUGCUCCUGGGUCUGGACCUCGUGUGGUGGGUGCCAUCCUAGGUCUUUACACCCUCCUCCAUCCUGCAGUGAGCUGUGUCUCCCAAUUCCACGUCCAGCUCCAGUCCCAGGAGAGCUUACCCUUGGUGGGUGGCAGUGCCAUGUCAAACCAUGAGAGAUCAGACUGUUAGAAACACCUAACAAGAGUCAGGUGAGGAGAAAUAGGGGGCUGAGCUCCUCUGCUGCCACUGUGUCCAGUGGGAUGCCUUUGCCAGCUGAGCUCAACCCUGUGCCUGUCUCCUUGGUAAAAAGACCAGGUGAACUAGUGUUUAUUUUAGUGCACAAAUAAGUUUCUUUUUUUUUGCUUUUUUGUCACUUCCAACAGUCUUACCUCUUUUUCAUAGAAUCAUAGAAUGGUUUGGG